UCUAGUGUCUGCCCACCCCCCCCCCCUCGCUUCGUGUUGUUGUCACGGCUGCCUGCUCCGUUUUUUUUUUUGUUACCGAACAGGAGUUGAUUCCAAUGGAGUGAUCAGGGUUGGUUUUGAUCAAGCCUCGCUGCUCUACAGGAGGGGCAAUGGCAGACUGGCAGGGCCGAGAGCCACCCUCAGCGUGGACAGCACCUGUGGGCGAACCAGACACGGGGCUGGACUCUGGGGUGGAGGAUGACCAUGACCUCUCACCCCGGCCCCGCUGCCAGGACAACAACUCCAACAUCUUCAUCGCCUUUAAGGGCAACAUGGGUGAUGAAGACUUCCAGGAGAACCUGCACAACUUCUUAGAAAGUAUGCCAGGCAUGCUGGAACUAGACUCGGAGCGGCUGCUGCCCCAGCGGCUGGAGCCCUGGAACAGCGUGCGCGUGACGUUCAACAUCCCCCGGGACGCCGCCGACCGCCUGCGGCUGAUCGCGCAGAACAACCAGCAGCAGCUGCGCGAUCUGGGCAUCCUGUCUGUGCAGAUAGAAGGGGAAGGUGCUAUAAAUGUAGCACUGGCACAGAACAGAGGUCAAGAGGUCAGAGUCAAUGGACCCAUAGGGGCAGCCAAUCAGAUGAGAAUGGAUAUGGGCUUCCCCAUGCAGCAGGGUCCAGGCCCCAUGCGGAUGAAUAGCCCCUCUGUGUCCAUGGUGACCUCCGGACCAGGAAUGGGGGCGCAGCUGCUGGUCCCAGGAGGGGGUGCACAGAUGCAGGUGCGAACAGUGCGGCCUCCUUCCCACACAGAUACGAUGGACCCCCUGCUGUCGGGUCUGGCUGGGCAGCAGCAGCAGGUGCAGCCGCCGCCUCACGUGCCCACCCCCCUGCAGGCCCAGGCUCACCACAUGCCGGCCGUGCAGGCCGCCAGGCAGAUGAACCCUGCCGCCCUCCAGCAGCUGCAGCAACAGCAGCCCCAGCACCCCCCGUUAAGCGGCGCUCGCACUCAGUUCACGCCGCCCAACCAGAUCCCCAUUCCAGCGGGCUGGAACCAGCUGCCCUCGGGCGCUCUCCAGCCCCCGCCAGCCCAGGGGCCCCUCGGACCUGCCUGGAAGAAAAUGCCCCCAGCGCAGAUGGCAACACGUCCCUCCCUGGCAACGGUUCAGACCCCCAGUCAUCCUCCCCCUCCAUACCCUUUUGGCAGCCAGCAAGCUGGACAGGCCUUCAAUGCUAUGGGGCAGCAACCUCAGCAGGCUGGGAACCCCCAGUUUGCAGCCCCUCAGCCCAAAAACCUCCAGGGACCCCCUGUGGUGGCUGGACCUAGGGGCCCCCCACCUCCACCUCCUUCUGCAGCCCCGCAGACACACCUCACUUCCAAGUCCCCCGUCUCCUCUCCCUCGCCCUUCCAGCAGGGCUCUCCUGGGACACCGCCGAUGAUGGGACAGAGCCCAGCUCAGCUGGCCCCUCGCCCCCCAGCCCCGCAGGGCUUUCCCCAGGCUGUCAGCUCCCCAGGCAGGGCUGUGUUAGGACCGCAGGGAAAUAUGCAGCCUGGAUUUAUGGUGAUGGCCCAGCAAGGACAGAUCCCUCAGGGAUCCCACCCUGGAAUGGGAGGCAUUCCCAAACGACUGCCCAUGGGGUUCCAAAAUCUACAGGGCAACCAGAACUUCCUUCAGGGCCAAGUGACACCUAGCACUUCGGGAACCCUUGUAAACACAAAUCCCCAGCUUCAGAGCAGCCAGAGCAUUCAGCAUGCAGGUGUACAGCCCUCUGCCUCUGUAUCCAACCAUAUGCAGGGAACCCAUGUUCAGCCGAAUGUAAUGGGUCCUCAUGGUAGCAUGAACAACCAGCCUCCUGGGAGCACUGCAGCUGGUAGCAUGGGGCAGCCCUCACAGGGCAUCCAGACCCAAAUGAUAGGAAUGCAACAUCAGCCCAUCCCCUCAUCCCCAGGUCAGAUGGUCCAAGGCCAAAGUGGGCAGACAGUACUAUCCAGGGCUCAGAUCAUCAACCAGGGGCAGAUUCUUACUGGGGGGCAGAACCCAAAUAUGAUUCCUCAGCGAGGAAUGACUCCUCCAAAACAGAUGAUGCCCCAGCAGGGCCAGACCAUGAUAGGUCAUGGACAAGUAAUGGGCAGCCAGGGUCAUCAGGUCAUCCUGCCGCAGAACACUAUGAUGGAGCAAAUGAUUGCCAGUCAGAUACAAGGGAACAAAUUUGGAGCUAAGGGUCAGGCAGGUGUAAUGCAAGGACAGAUCAUGAGGGGGCCUUCACCUAAUGUGCAGGGCGGUCUGGUCCAGUUUCAGACUCAGUUAGCUCAACAGCAGCAACAGCAAGCAACACAACAGCCGCAACAAUCGCAACAAAUUCCUAUGAAUGGCAACCCCAACCAAGUAAUGGGCCUCCAUGGACAGCCCAUGAGGCUUCCAGGAAGCCAUCAUUUGGUUCAGCAGCAGCAACAACAGCAGCAGCAGCAGCAACUGCAACAACAACAACUGCAGCAGCAGCAACUACAGCAGCAACAGUUACAGCAACAACAUCUACAACAACAACAGCAGCAGCAACAACAGCUACAGCAACAGCAACAACAGUUACAACAGCAGCAACAACAACUACAGCAGCAACAACAGGUGGUACAGCAACAGCCACAGCAGCUUAGUGACCCCAGUAGUAGUGCUGGAGAGAUGGCAUUGCAGCAGAUGCUUCCAGAUGUCCAAUCCCAGCAACCACAGCAACAGGGAAUUGUGGGCCCCUCUCAUAUGCAGGUUGGUAAUGGACAUUUUCCUGGUCAUGGAAUGCCUUUCAAUACCCAGUUUGGCGGUCAGAUGCCCAUGGGGAGUCCUUGCGUGCAACCUGGUGGCUUCCCUGGAAACAAAGAUGUAACUUUGACCAGUCCCCUUCUGGUCAACCUGCUGCAGAGCGAUAUUUCGGCCAGUCAGUUUGGUCAAGGGGGAAAGCAAACAGGAGUUAACCAGACCAAACCCAAGAAGAAGAAACCACCACGCAAGAAGAAAACCAAUAACGGUGGGCCACCAGGACAGCAGCCAGAUGAUGGUCUUGGUGGACUUGAUGGACGACCUCCUGGCAUGGAAGAUGCUGAGGGACAGGCCUUGACUGGAGAGCAAGGAGUGGGAAUGGACACAGCUGGCCCAAAGAUUUCAGACUUCACAAAUAGGCCUCCAGGGUUUCCUGCUCAACCUGGAGACCAAAGAACCCUGCAGCAAAUACCCAUUCAGUUCAUGCAACAACAGCAGCAACAGAUGCAGGGUCUGCCACCAGGCCAGGCAGGGGUGAUGUCCCAGGGCCAACCUCAGAUGCACCAGAAUCAGCUCCAGCAGCAACAACAACAACAGCAGCAACAACAACAACAGCAGCAGCAGCAACAGCAACAACAGCAGCAACAGCAACAACAACAGCAGCAGCAACAGCAACAACAACAAAUGAUGAUGAUGCUUAUGAUGCAGCAGGAUCCCAAAUCAGUCAGGUUACCUCUGCCUCAGGGAGGACCUCAGCCUAGAGGGCCCCUUAAUCCAACAGAUGGGCAGAGGAUGCCAGUUCCCCAACAAGGCAGUAUGCCAAUGAUGAUCAGUCUACAAGGAUCAGGCACCAUUCCUCCUUCCCCAGAUAAACCCAGAGGUCCUCUAAUGGUAAACCCACAGUUGGCUGCAAGGAGAAUGCCUCUUGGGGAAGCAGCACAGGCUGUCCCAUCUUUAAGCUCUGAGGAAGUUGCUGGCAUGCACACUCUGCAGGAUGGUUCAACCUCUGAAAUGGGUCACCAGGCUGGAAAUGGUGGACCACAGAUAGUUGGCAACCCAGGUGCUAGCCAGCUAAUGAUGAAGCCUGGGCCUUCACCUCUUCCCCAGCAUCAGGGUGCUAGCCCUCAGCAUCAGUUGCAGCAGCCGCAGCAGUCGGGUCCCAUACCUGGUUCACAUGGUCUUCAUUUUCCCAAUGCUCCCACCACUUCGCAGGCUUCUCGGCCUAAGACACCAAACCGGGCCAGUCCUAGGCCCUACUAUCCACAUACUCCAACCAACCGUCCUCCGAGCACAGAACCCUCUGAAAUCAAUCUCUCUCCUGAGAGGUUAAAUGCUUCCAUUGCUGGCCUUUUCCCCCCUCAGAUUAAUAUCCCUUUGCCCCCAAGGCAGCCCAAUCUGAAUCGAGGAUUUGACCAGCAGGGUCUUAACCCUACCACCCUGAAAGCCAUUGGACAGGCUCCGUCCAGUCUAACGUCUCUAGGUAACAGUAACAAUGGACAACAGACUUUCACUUCAGGCAGCAAUGCAGGUGGUACAGGCACCAAGCUGGAGAAGGUUAGCACAGGAGGUCUUGCAAAGAGGAGCAGCCCAAGCAACAGCAGGCGGUCCAGCCCAGCUUCUAGUCGUAAGACAACCCCAAGUCCUGGAAGACAAAAUGCAAAGGCCAAGCUUGCUCUUACUUCUCCCCAGCACCAACAACCCAUGGUGAAUCCCCAAAAUAUAUUAGGGAAUCCACCUCCAGUUUUACCCAGUUCUGUUGGCAAUACUGUGCCAUCCAGUACUUCAGGCACGCAGCACAUUCAGAACCCUUUCCCUUCUCCCCUUGGCAAUCCUACGGAAAUGAACAAGGAAGGCCAAACCACAGCAAUGGAAGCACGCCAUACAGCACAGUCUCAAAGAGACCCCUCGUUACCAGAGAUAAAAAGUCCCAGUGCUACUCAAGAACAGAAGUCUAUAGUUGAGGAGUCAUCUAGACGAGAUGCCUCUGUUCCAGAGAAAGUUCAGCCACUGCUUUCAACUCCAGAGGAUUCCAAAACUGCUCCUUCUCCUACUCUGAGAGAUGCUCCGACGUCUCUCGGCCAGCUUCUGGACAUUUCAGGCGCUCCCAAUGUUUCCUUACAGCCCAUUCUGGAUGGUCCUCAAGAAGAUGAUCAGAAUAGGAAAGUGUCUCCUCGGUUUGCAGGGGAUCAGGAGGCCGUUCAGAAUCCUAGCACUUCACAGAGCAAUGAUGCAGCCACUCUUGCUGUUGUGAAUGAUUCAGAAACCUUCCCAAAUACCAACCCGGUGCCAAAUGUGCCUGCUGUCAUGCAGAGGCCAGCAUCAUCAACUUCCAUUCCUUCCAGCCAGAUCACGGUUUUUGUCACCUCCAAUCAGAUCAGUUCAUCUACUAGUGCUUCAACUCAUGUUCCCCCCACCUUAGUGUCUACUGUAGUAACUGUGCCUAAUAAGAAUAUUAAGUCUUCUGAAAGUCAGGCGUCCACCUCGGCCCCUGCCACCUCCCGCCCAGCUCAGUUUAUUACAGGACCAGUGUUCAUCAACCCCAUCUUUCAGGUGCCUGCUUCUCCCAUGCCUCCUAGUACAAAUGUGAUGACCCAGCCAGUCACUAUGGUUGGGCCACUUCAAAUGCCAUCUAAUAUUCAGUUUUCUCCAGCAUCUACAACCACUCAGCCUGCCUCCAUCAACCCACCCAAUACCCAGACCACUCGUCCUCUUGUCCUGGGACAGGUUCAGGCGUCUUCAAGCCAGGGACCUCCUGCGAAUGUCUUUAACCAGUCCCAACAGCAGCACCACGAAACUCCAAAAGAAGGGAACCAUGCUGAGAUUCCUUUGUCCAAGCCUGGCCCUGUAGAGCUACCUUCACCACGUCCAAAUACCAUUCCUUCCCCAUCCUCCCAGCCUCUGACUAGUCCUCCACCUUGUGCCAGUCCAGGAGCAGUACAUGCCAGGAGGAGCCCAAUGUCUCCUACAGCUACAUCAAGCAAGAGUAAGCUUGAGAAAAUUGGCCAGAUGGGUGUGACCAAAACAAGUGUGGGUGUGUCUGAAUCUACACCAAAAAAUGAGGACCAUCCAACACCACCUGUGGUUGAAGCAAAGCCAGGAUCAGCUGUUGAGAGCCCAUGUCAUCAGGCUUCUCAUGUGAGUGCACAGACCAACCUUCCUGAGGGAGAGCAACAGCGUCCUGCCCCCUUGAAAGUUGCUCCUGCCCCUGUACCUGCAUCUGCCGGAUCGGCUGCUGGGCCUCCUAAUUCUGUGGGCAGCUCGCCUGCAUCAGCAACACCAGUUACUCCCACAGAGGGUCCUCCUAUUCCUCCAGUGCCCGAGACCAGUCAGCUAGCGCAACAGAAGGACCUGACACAGGACAAAGGGUUGCAAGGGAACACUCAAAGCACAGCAUCCAGUCAGCCUGAACCCACACAGCAAGAGCUCCCUACAGUUGAGAAAACUGGCGAUGAAGCUGCAGCUACUGUAACAGAACAUGGAUCUGUAAAGAAAAGAAAGACGCCUGUCCAUCUUGACCCGAGGGAGGCCAAGGGCGUGCCCGAGAAACCGAAGGCCUCGAUCAGGCGCAGCUCCCGGGCCGACAGGGACACGGAGGAAGGAGCGGGGCCGCUGGAGGCUGCGGAGAACGGGCAGAGGAAGAGGUCGGCCAGGCCGGGCGCGGCCAGUGCCAGCACUGCCCUGAAAGAUUCAAACACAGGCACCAGCCCGACACAAGCCAAGCGAAGGAAAUCAAAAUGACCCCUGUACUGUUAACCUGUGAAUUGUACAUUUUUGUGAAUUUUGAUCAUUUUUGUUUUUUUAUUUUCCUGGGCUAAUUUUCUUUCUAAUGGAAGAAAUAACUGUGUACAGAUGAUUGUUUUAAUAAUUAUAAUAUUGGUGUUGUUUCCCGCAGCAAUGUGAGUUUUAAUUUAGAAGAGUUUUCAUAUUUCAAAUGCUGGAAUAAUUCUGUUCAGACAUCUGAUCAUCAAAAUGCCUAUUGUAUAAUUUUUGUUGCUACUCUGAAUUAAAUUUUAUACUACCUUCCUCUGUUUAAUGUAGAUCAUGGAAGCCAUUAACACACAUCAGGGUAGAUUACUGCUUCUCCAUUGUUUUAGCAGUAAAAUUGAUUCUUGUAUUUUAAGGUUCUGUCCUUUCUAUUUGGCAAUAUUUUAUCUCUCCCUUUCUUUACACAAAUCAUAGUCCUGAUGUGACUGAUUUUAUAGUUUCGUCCCAGCUGUAAAUGACGGAAAUACGCACGUCAAGAUUGCUAUUCUGUGUAUAUGCCUUCAUGCUUUGUUUACUGGGACGAUGUUCAGCUGUAAAUUAUGUUGCUGGUAUUUUACGUUUUGGUAUGUGUAGAGUGCUCCUCUCCAUCUUGACAGCGAAAAGAGCCGGAAGCACAUGUUUUUUUUACUAAUUCACUAUAUCAGAGGAACCAUGAGUUAAGCGCAUCAUUUUAAAUGUGUUGAGCAGGGAAAUCUUGUCAUUGAGACUGUGGGAUGUUUUUUGAAGUAAUUGGCUAAAGUUUUAAACAGCAUCAUUUUCAAAAGGAAACGGUUCAUCAGGCUCUCUUUUUAACAGCAAUUUUGUGGGUUGGUUUACUUUAGAUGUUAAUGGCCGGAUUUAUAUGUGGAGCCUAGGUCUUAGAUCUUUCAGGUGAAUAAUAACCCAACAAAUAACCCAGGAGUGCUCACUCAGGUUAAAUUGAUUGUAAAGUGGAACUUGAUGCUGAACAUAUAAAGCAAAUUGAACAGAUAAGGAGUUUUCCACCUUCUACAGACAGGGGUUGCUUUUGAAUAAAUUCCCUGUAAGGACCCAUUAAGCAAUCUUAGACACGGUUUUGGUUUGGGAGCAGUUAAAAACAGUGGUACUGGUGUUUUAAAGUUAAAGCUGAACUGUAGGUAGGCAAAUCCUCUGUUAAUAUUUAAUAAUAAUUAUUUACAUUUAUAUAACGUUUUUGUGGAGCCACCUGAACCAGUCUGUGGUCUGGGUGUUGAUUUUACAGGGCUAGACUGAAGGUGAAAGGUCUCCCUUUGUGUCUGGGGUUAUCCAGACUGUGUCAGAGGCCCUGUGAGUGGCUCUUGGUUCUCUAGCUGGAAACAGCUGAAAUAAUGCACUGCAUCUUCAUUUCCAUGGCUGCUACAUGCCUGUGUUCUGAGGAGCCCAUUUCCUUGAAGGACAAAAGAAUCCUGGAGCCCCUUGCCUGUACGGCUUCAAAAACAAUAAUUAUGGCUUUAGUAUUCUUGUGCUUUGGAAGAUUAUUUUCCUCUUUCUCCAAAUUAUAGUUUUGCUUUUUGAUAUUAUGUAUUUAUUUUUUAAAUUGUGAGCCCAAAUAGAUUUUCACAUCCUACACAUCUUGCAUUGUGUCCACAAAGCACUUUACAGGCCCAUGUUUUACUGUACUGGGUAUAUUUAAAGCUGAAUUUGGACAUAUCUUAGAAAGCUGAAAAUUCCCACUUAUAAUGUACUUUCUUUCACUCCAUUGAUUAGGUUAUCAGCUAAGUGAACUGAUUUUUCUGAAGUUAACGAUUACUGAUUUUGCUAAUUAUGUUUUAAAGAAAAGGUUGGAUUUUUUUCUUUAUUAUUUCAUGGAUUUCAAAUGGGAACCAAUAGUAAAUAGUGAACCGUUUGAAAAAAGGGGUUUUGAACUUUAGUGUGAAAAUACUAAAUGGCUAUGCACAGUUUUUUGCUAGAGAAACAGUGCUGUGUCAUGCAGUAACCUUUUGGCAGAAACCCGAACAGAAUUUCUGUAUAGUUUUUAAAAAUCUGGAUUUACUAAAGUUAAUAAAGCCACCUGUCACUGAUUUUAUGCACAUUUUCUUCUAAGUUCACUUAUUGCUAUGAUUGGUCCUGUCUCAUAAACCAAUAUUCAGUAAGUGUCAAAUUGAUUUAAGCUAAUUCUGCCCUUAGUCAGCUAUUGUGAGGUGGCACAUGAUAUAUCAUUCUACUUAAUAUCCAUGACUGAAGUGAUACUUGCUUUUUUUAAAAGAAUAACUUUAUUUUCUUUUGUUGCCAAAUGAAUGAGGAUGAAAUUUUACAGUUAAACCAGAUCAUUGAGUGGAGAGAACCUAUAACCACAGGCCCUUUUGUGCUGCGGUAGUCUACCUACAAAAGAUCAUAACCUGCAAAGUGUGGUCUUUACUGAAUGUUUUGUAUUGAUGAUUUUAAGGCAAAGACAAUCAGGUUUUACCUGUAUAUGAUUUGUUCAAGUGGUUAUGUAGUACUGAGACAGUGUACAGUUACAGAAGCUUGGGAUUAGUGUGCUGGAGAUGGAGUAUUUGUAAUUGUAGGAGAUACGUAAUCUUUGUAGCCACCCCCCUCCCCCCCCCCCUGCAAUGCAAGAACAGUUCUUAGAGAAAGUCUUCAAAUUAAAAAACUUUCACAGAGGUUUUGGCAAACCAAACUGCAUAUGGAAAUUUAAAACCGGAAAUAAGAAAUAACAAACAAGUAUAUUGAAAACUAAAAAAAUCACCACAGAAACUCCUUUUACCUAUGGAGGCACUAGCUUUGACCAAUUCACAUGUGUACAGUGUUGCGUCUCUCACCAGGUGUUAAUAUCACAGCCAGGCAGCUUCAAACAGUUUCUCGGUUCAUAAGACUGAAAGUGUGCGAUUCGCUUGCCUCAUUGUCACAGUGGGUGGUUUUUAGAUCAUAGUAAAGUAGUGUCUUCAUAAAAAUGUUUCCCCUUUCAUGGAAAGAAGUAUUUUUUAGGUGAUGCCAUGUUCAGUUGUAGUUUUGGGACAAGUUUUUCUUUCUCUAUACAAGUAUAUGAAGUGUCGGUUUUAGAGUUUAUGAAGUUGACAGAAAACCCCCAGAAUCCAGCAUCUCCAAUAUUAAUUCCCUGGGCAAAUUUACCCUUGAGUGUGCCCUCCCAUGUAACUGUAGGGGUAGAAAUUUAUAUGAAAAAUAAUAUGUUUUAGUUUGGGCUUUUAUGUUAUUUUUCUUUGAAAGUGCUUUUUCAGUCUUAAGUACUGUAUGUGAAUAGAAGCUAAUUUGUGUACCAAUGCCUAGGGUUUUUUUUUAUUGGUUGUUAUUUUUGUGGUUGUAAAUACUUUUGUAGAAUAUUUCUGACAUAAGUUGUAGAAAUGGACCACAGUAAAACACAUGAAAUUUUUUUAAAUGACUAUUUUAAGGGUUUGUAUCAUGUAAUAGUGUGAUGUUCACAAUAAAUGUUACAAUUUCCUUAAAACAUUGCUUGUCUAUGGCUUGCAAUAUUUAAUCCAGAUGAGCAUUAAAUGGAAAAUUCCUA